AGGUUGCGAUAACCCUACUUUGACCGAAUCAAAGGUGACUGACGACCGACGACGACGACGACUAAAGGCCAGCAAUGUGCAGACGGUCGCUGGCUGAAAUUGCUGGCAGGACAACACACUGACCGCAAGGAUCAACAACAUCAGCCCAAUCAAGGAGCAGCAGUUGCAGCUGUGAAUGCAAAACCAGCAACUUUGGCUACUUUUUAUAUAUACCUAUCCAGAACACGAAAUGCGUUUUUGCAGCUCGGCCAACAAGGACACACAGAAGUUAGCAGUUGAUAGAUGAACACUAAUGCAAAUGCCCUCCAAAUUGCAACUUUUGAUGCAAACUUAAGGCAGGGGCCCAAAAAAAAAAACAACACAUAACCCAACUUGACUGAUAGUUUAAACUACUUACUGUAAAGUAAUCGAACAACAACACAACACACGGCUGCAACAAAUUUUUAAAUAUUGUUAAGAACAACUCGUUAAUUGCCAAACAGAAAAUAUGUGUUGCCCUAACUGAAGCUGAACAAAAAUUAAAAACUAAAUAUUAUUGUAAUAAUAAUAGUAUAACAUUCAAGGAAAACCUCGACAAAAAGCUCAAGAUCAAGAUCAAGAGUUUAGGCCACGAGAUACUUGCUUGAGCCAUGGGCAACAAAUGCUGCAGCAAGCGACAGGAUCAGGAAUUGGCACUGGCCUAUCCCACUGGGGGCUACAAGAAAUCCGACUACACCUUCGGCCAAACGCACAUCAACAGCAGCGGCGGCGUCGGCAACAUGGGCGGCGUUCUCGGCCAGAAGCACAACAACGGUGGAUCGCUGGACUCGCGCUAUACCCCCGAUCCGAAUCAUCGGGGUCCGUUGAAAAUCGGCGGAAAGGGCGGCGUUGACAUCAUCAGACCCCGCACCACACCAACCGGCGUUCCUGGUGUCGUGCUAAAGCGCGUGGUCGUGGCCCUGUACGACUAUAAAUCCCGCGAUGAAUCCGAUCUGAGCUUCAUGAAGGGCGACCGCAUGGAGGUCAUCGACGACACCGAGUCCGAUUGGUGGCGCGUCGUCAAUCUGACCACCCGCCAGGAGGGCCUCAUCCCGCUCAACUUUGUGGCCGAGGAGCGCAGCGUGAACAGCGAAGACUGGUUCUUUGAGAACGUGCUACGAAAGGAGGCGGACAAGUUGCUGCUGGCCGAGGAAAAUCCGCGUGGCACUUUCCUCGUGCGACCUUCAGAGCACAAUCCCAAUGGUUACUCGCUGUCCGUCAAGGAUUGGGAGGAUGGACGUGGCUACCAUGUAAAGCACUACCGCAUCAAGCCGCUGGAUAAUGGCGGCUACUACAUAGCCACCAAUCAGACUUUCCCCUCGCUCCAGGCCCUGGUCAUGGCAUACAGCAAAGAAAACGCUCUUGGCCUGUGUCACAUACUGUCGCGUCCCUGCCCCAAACCGCAGCCCCAGAUGUGGGACUUGGGACCGGAGCUGCGCGAUAAGUACGAGAUUCCGCGCUCCGAGAUUCAGCUGCUGCGCAAACUGGGACGCGGCAACUUUGGCGAGGUCUUCUACGGCAAGUGGCGCAACAGCAUCGAUGUGGCGGUCAAGACCCUACGCGAGGGCACCAUGUCCACCGCUGCUUUCCUCCAGGAGGCGGCCAUAAUGAAGAAGUUCCGCCACAAUCGCCUGGUGGCCCUCUAUGCGGUUUGCUCGCAGGAGGAGCCCAUCUAUAUCGUGCAGGAGUACAUGUCCAAGGGCAGUCUGCUGGACUUUUUGCGCGAGGGCGACGGACGCUACUUGCACUUUGAGGAUCUCAUCUACAUAGCCACUCAGGUGGCCAGCGGCAUGGAGUAUCUGGAGUCCAAACAGCUCAUCCAUCGCGAUCUUGCGGCCCGCAAUGUGCUGAUCGGCGAGAAUAAUGUGGCGAAGAUUUGUGAUUUUGGGCUGGCGCGUGUUAUCGCCGACGAUGAGUAUUGUCCCAAGCAGGGUUCACGGUUUCCGGUCAAGUGGACGGCGCCCGAGGCGAUUAUCUACGGCAAGUUCUCGAUCAAGUCGGACGUUUGGUCCUAUGGCAUUCUGCUAAUGGAGCUGUUCACAUACGGACAAGUGCCCUAUCCGGGCAUGCAUAGUCGCGAGGUGAUUGAGAACAUAGAGCGCGGGUUCCGUAUGCCGAAGCCAACGAAUCACUACUUCCCGGACAACAUCUAUCAGCUGCUGCUCCAGUGCUGGGAUGCUGUGCCCGAGAAGCGGCCGACGUUCGAGUUCUUGAACCACUACUUCGAGUCCUUCUCGGUCACGUCGGAGGUGCCGUAUCGAGAGGUGCAAGACUAAACACAGAGUCCAGCCUAAUCAUACACACAUCACCAACACCUACACUACACCCUCUCACACGCAUACACACCCGUACGAUAUAUAUAUAUAGUAUAUAAAGUUAUACAUAUAUUAUACAUUUAUAUGCAUAUUUACUAUAAUUCUUAAGACUUUUUAAUGGCAUAGUUGCAUACAAGAAAACCAAACAACACACAUGAACUCUAUAUGUAUGGUAUAUGUAUGUGUUUAAGCGUAUCUAAACAAUUCAAACAAACCAACUACAAACGAAAAAAUCAACAAAACAAGCAAAAAAAAAAAAAAAUCUAAAAUCGGAAAACUAAAUUUUAUAUUUUACACGCAAAACUAUUGUAUAAUUUAUAUACCUAACUAUAAAACUGAAGUGUUUAAACUGGCGUUAAAUUAUCCUUGAUUUCUUGGUAUAAUUAUUUGUCCUUUAGCUGUAAGCAUAAAAAAGAAGUUAAAUACUUUAUAUUUUGUAGUAAAUACUAUGGAAAUACAAAGUAUAUAACUAGUUUUUUAAGCUGAACCAUAAACAGGGGGAGGCCGAAAAAUUAUUCCAACAAUCAAGAGCAGAACCCAAAAGAAAUGAAAAUGUUUUUUCUAAUCGAAUACAACUACAAUUUAACGCUAUUUUAACAACUGCUUAGGUUUUGUGUAUUAACAAUCCAAUCCAAUCUACAACUAGAACUUUUUGAUCUUAACCUCCCUCUCUGCUGAAUAGUUUCUUCUGAUACUUUCCACACACAAACACGACUAUCGACUAAGCCAAGUAUUAUUUGACUCAAUCAAUCCGUAUCCGUAUCAAGAAAUCGAAAUCAUUUACGUAUUUCAAAUUGUUGCUAAUGAGAAACUCCAAUGAUGGCAUUUACUUAUAAGGUGGCGCCCACCCCUCUCGUCUUUACUUCCAAGUCAGAAAUGUAGAUGAUGAUCUAUCACCCAAAAAACAUAAUAUGUUGCUUCUUCCUCGAAUAGUUGAGGCUAGGAAAAAAGAAAAGCGAAAAUUGCAUUUUGUACAAAUCAUUGAAAAGAAAACAAAA